AUGGAAAGACGUAGAAUUCUACAAAACCUCUUUGGCUAUCAAUCUGAAGAUGAGGAGGUCAACUCAAAAGAUGAAUUUGAUCACCAGGAUAACCUUGUGUUUGAUGGAGGGCUGGAAUCUGAGAUUGAAGGCAAUAGUGGAAGCAAGGGAGAGGCUGAUCUCCCAGGGGGUGCUCCUCAUGGUCUUCCCGAAAGCUCAAGAUUACGAGAUAAUGAAAAGGGCAAGGCGGCAGCUGGGCAUUCGGCUGCGGUAAUCAAUGAAGUUUUUGGAGACUCUGAUGAUGAGAAACUGACUAACGAGGAAGUUGUUGCUGAAGAACCACACGAUGCAACUGAGACCAAAGUGAAAAGAAAGGAACUUGGUCCCUCGGAUGUGUUUGAAAUUCCAUUACGCCGUCCCCCAGCUGCUGCAGAUCAGAUGGCUGCUAUCAGAAUCUCCAACAUAAUUGGUAUUGACCCCAAGCCAUUUGAUCCCAUGACAUAUGUGGAAGAAGAUCUUUAUGUGACCGACGAAUCUGGAACAAAAAGACCCAUUCCCCAUACCAAUGUCAUUCGCUGGAGAGAAGUCAAGAAUCCUAAUGGAAAAACUUCUGUUGAAAGCAAUGCUCGCUUUGUGACUUGGUCAGAUGGGAGUAUGCAGCUGUUCAUUGGUAAUGAGCCUUUUGACAUAUCUGAGCAGGAAGCACAAGACAUCCAGAUGCACCUUUUCCUCAAGCAUGAGAAGGGGAUAUACCAAUCACAGGGUAGAAUCUCAAGAAAGAUGAAGUUUAUGCCUUCGUCUGUAUCUUCUAAUUCCCAUCGUUCCUUGACGGCUAUGGUUGAGUCGAGGAACAAAAAGGUCAGCAAAGUAAAGCAUUAUGUCCCUGAAGUUGACCCUGAGAGGACGGUAGAGCAGUAUGAAAAGGUGGAAAGGCAAGCAACUAAAGCUAGUAAACAGCUUGAGAAGAAGAAGAAGAAAUUGGCUGAGAAGUACAGGCCUAAGGGCCGCAUGGUGCCUCAACUUUCAUCUGGGUUUCUUGAGGAGACUUCUGAUGAGAAAUCUUAUGAACCUCCUGCUACUAUGCAUCAACUUGAUCUGGACCAUGAAUCGGAAGCUAAAGCAGAGAAGCGCAUCAUGAAUGCAAAGAAGUGGACAAAAGAUGCCAAAAAAUCUUCUUCAUCUGGUGCUAAAUUAGCUAGGGGCUCAUCAAACGUCUCUGAAGAAGAAAAGUUUGAGCCAAGACUAAGGAAUAAAGGGAAAGAGGUCAAAGGGUUCUUAUCCCGUGUGAAAGCAGCGGAACUGAAAGGAGAAGAGGAAGAAGAGCUUAAUGACGAUCCAUAUGUUGAUGCUGAGGUACUAAAGCGAAAAGGUAAUAAAUUCAUUGAAUCCGAUGAAGACACGUGGACGCCUCCAAGGAGAACCUCACGCAGACGCCAGCUCACAAUUGCGUACGAUCCUGAUGACGAAUGA